GCGGGGGCUUUCCUAUGAGAUAACUUUCACAUUUUAGUGAGAUCUCAUUGGUCUGUUGCUCAACUUAAGCUGUUUUUUAUUUUCAGCUGAACAGCUUAGUGUGUUUAAUUGAGAUCAGCACCCAGUGAGAUCCCAGAGAGCCCCAGUCUCGGCAGGUGUGCGCCCCAAGAGCAAGCUAUGGCAGAAGAGACCCAGAACUUGGUGCCGGAGCAUGUUCCCGAAGAAAGUGUGGUCGAUGUCGGAAACAGACAGCCACGGAUGUCCUGUAACAAAGGGAGCCUGGUGACAGCUCUAACGGUGCUUGUAGCCGUGCUUGUUGCCGGACAAGCCGUUAUGGCCUAUUUCAUCACCCAGCAGAAUUCCAAGAUUCAGAAACUUGACCAAACCACCAAACACUUGCAGCUGAAAGAUAUGAUGAAGAAUCUUCCAGGAUCGCCUCCUGCCCAAAUUAAAUCAAAGAUGAGAACCUUCAAUAUCCCCAUGGCGUUAAAACUAUAUGAUGGCUCAGAAACAAAUAUGAAUGAACUGGAGCAUCUGGCUCAGAUCGAUAACAAAGUGGAAGAUGCUGCAAAAUACAUGUUGCUGAGAGGAAACCCUCUAAGGAAGUACACUUUACCAAAUGGCACUAUCCUGGAAAACCUGAGAGAGCUGAAGAAGUCCUUGACUGACCAGGAAUGGAUGAACUUUGAUGCAUGGAUGCAUCAGUGGUAUCUCUUCUUCUUGGUGCAAAACACUGGAAAGGCAGCUGAACCCCUCCCACCGCAAAAGAAUAUUGCAGUCACAGGUGCCCCCCUGAUGACUGAGUGUCAGACAUUAUCAAGGAUCCCCACCCUGACUGGCGCUUAUAAGCCUCAGUGUGAGCAAAAUGGUGACUUUAAGCCGAGGCAAUGCUGGCCAAGCACUGGCUACUGCUGGUGUGUUUACCGUAAUGGAACUGAGGUCCCUGACUCCAGAACCCGGUGGUCAAGACCUGCCUGCAGUGAUGUCAUGGAGCCAGAAGAACCAAUUUUUCUGGGAUCAACACCCAGCGAUGACUUUAAUCCCAUUGAUUAAAGCAUCGGAUCAGCACGUAACCUCCUCUGCAGUAUCUACCCUGAUUCAUACAAGCAGCACAAGAGGAUUCCUAUUAAUCUGACUUUAUGUUGUUACUAAUUGCUAUGGCAUUCUGGCCUCAGGUUUCUCAAUAGGCUUAAGGUAGUGUUUAGUACUUUGUUUGUUUUUAUGAAUUACAGUGUGUGUUACAGCAGCAUGUUAAAGGAAUAAUAAGUGGUAUGGUUACACAGAUCAGUCCCACUGUGAUUGUAGCUGCACAUGAUUGAAAGGAAGUAUCUACCAGGAGGCUGACUAACUAGUACUUCUGAAAAGUGGCUUGUCUAUGUCUCUAUACCAUGGACAAAUCCUCCACGUCUUGCCACUACUAACAAAUCUAGUAGUUUCUGUAUGGUUAAGGAGGUCUCAGUAAGGUACGGUCUGGGGAAUGUGAUAACAUUAACAUGAUUUGACAAUUCAAAUGGGCACUGAUAAAAUCGUUGUUCAUUCAUUUAUCGCUAAUUGUGUUUUGAUAGAAAUAUGGCUGCCAUUUUUAUUUUUUUUUUAACUUUUUCUCUGCUGUUAAUUGCGGCUUCUGUCAGACUUACAGGUUCUGUAUAACGUGCACAUACCUUAUUCCAUGCCUAAUAAAAUGAGCAGUUACAUCUUUGCAUGCCUAUUCUUAAUGUCAGAGAAAAUGACCUUGUGUGCUGCUGCCCAUGUACCCCAAAGGCCAACAAGGUGGGGUUCCUUUUAAAUAUUCCUUGUGGUUUGAGAAAUAUAUUGCUAUAUGAUCCCUAUUUACAGCAGUCUGCUUCAUUCUUCUGUGCCCCAUUCAUAUAUUGUAAUUCCUUAAAAAUUAAUUACUAAAAAAUAUAAGUUAUGUCUCGUUAUUUCAAAAAAAGUUGGACAAAGAACUAGCCCCAGACUCACAAGUACAAUCAUUAGAGCCUGGACAAGUAUUAUUUGCAUCUGAGGCAAUACAGGUAUCACUUAUCCGGAAAUCACCAAAUUACGAAAAGGCUGAGCAUUUUGGAUAACAGGUCCCAUACCUAUAUUGGCAUAUGGCCCUCCCUAAAGUGGAUAGUGGAAAAAUAGGAGACAGUAGUCAGUGUGCAAUAGCAAGCCACAAUAUACACAACCUGUCAUAAAGGUACCUGAUUUUGCUUCCAGAGAAUGGGAAAUAUUUGCUAUUCAGAUUCUAAAAUUGUGUCUUGAAGACUGCGAGCAGAUACUGGGAGCUGAUCUGUGGAUCAGACCAUGUCUGUUUGGACACCCCCCCCGUGUAUUUUGAAAUAAAAUGGACUCGAUUAAACACAUCAAAUGUUGAAACUGAGAAGGGUUGUUUUCUAAGAAACAUACGCUCAUUUUGAAUUUGAUGCCAGCAACAGGUUUAAAGGGGACCCUGUCACCCUAAGAAAUAAUUCCAAAUUCUUUUUUGUUGUUUUUGUCAAGAAAAAUAAACUUCACUUACGCUAUAG